AUGGAUGACCCAUGGUUCUGGACCGUAGAGAGGGUUGUUGCCGAGCUCUGCUCAGACAAUCGAUCCUGGGAAGUACACUAUGGCCCCUUAAAGUUUCCCCCACUUGAUGAACUUGAAGCUCGGCUCAGACGAGAGGAGGUUGAUGGGUUUACGCUCCUCACCCUCGACCAGUCCGAACUUUGUCAGGAGCUCAACUUCACGACAUUGAAACAAAAGGCAACUCUCAAGUAUGCUAUUAGCAUUUUUCGCAGCCGAAGUCAUGGAUUUCGUAAUCAUAUGAAACGCUUUAACGCCGGUUAUGAGAGCGACAACAGUAAACAAGGAGAACUAGCACCAUCAAAAUCCGAUGAAGAUGCCAACCUUCUCGCGAACCAGCCACAACUCAUACCCACAUCCUCUUCGUUGCGUCAGAUCCCCAAUAGCCCGCAACCCUUAGUCAACGAUGACUCCGUCUUGGGAGGACAUGUUAGCAAGAGACGGCGGGUCGUCCCCAUGCUCGUUUCAGGCGACAUCGAUGGUACUUUAUCCCGUAACAUCCCAACCGAAGCAGAUGUGAUCUCGACAACCAGAGCGGGAAAGAUAAGCACCAAUGGUAGUCAAUCGAAUGAUGAUGUAAUAGCUUCUCCCUGGGCUUACCUUGGUCAAGAUGCUCUUACGAGAAUUGAUGUCCUGGGUAAUUAUCCCUCCCUGGAGAGGGACAGCGAACAAAUGGAAGACCAAGUCGAAUUCUCCUACCGCAGGGAAAUACCCCAUGGACGACGAAUACAAGUCCACCAACUUAUGAAACAUCAUACUCUCCGGAUACAGAAGUCUUCAGAGUUCCGUGGGAUGAGGGCAGAUUUAGUACCCGGUGCCAAUAAUCCAGACCACGAUGAUCUUCUGCCCUUAUAUGGUGAUUCAGACGAGGAGUAUGAUUCAGAAACAUGGGAAGAAAUAGAAGCUGAAAAAGCUGAGCAAGCGGAAAUCGACAAUCAACCUGGGCUCAAUUGCGACGAGGUUAAGGCAAUUCUCGAUGAAUCUAUCGGAAAAUAUGUAUCCGACUGGAAGGAACGUAAGCUCCUCAAACUGCAGCGCAAAGCCAACAAAAUCUGGCUAGAUGCUAGAAGAUCGGGUUUAAGGAGAUCAAUAGUCAAUGUCCGCAAUGGGCAUGAUUCAUGUGAAGCUCGUAUUGCGAGGCUUUGCAAAGAGAUUCUCGAACAGAAAUACCGUGACGUGGCCGAGGUGAAGGAACAGGCCUUGAUCCUACAACAAAGCGUUGAAGAUAGGGAACACCACUCAUGGGUUCUCGGCGCCAUCAAUGCAUCAGUUGAACCUGUGAAGUUUCGACCUCUACCUAGAAAUUCUAAUAGGAAGAGUCGUGCACUAAAGCCGACCGCGCUUGACGAGGAGAUAUUAACAAGCGAGUCUGAAGAAGAUAUUGGUGAUUUUAUCGUUGACGAUGAGCCUACAUACCCUGACGAAUUUUCUGGUUCCUCACCGAUGGAUAUCGAUAAUGAUGAUGUUUCUCAUGGACAACAAGAUAUCGAUGAUGAUGAUCAGAAUGCGGAGUCUAUCAAACCUGACCAAAGAGACACGAUUGAUCUCACUCAGCUAGAUGAAGACGUCAGCAUGGCUGGACCAAGUACGCCUGCGAAAGCUCGAGAACAUCACGUUGUAGAUCUGACUACACCUCAAAGGCUGCGAAUCAAAAUGCGCAGCAAUUCGUCCACGGCCAACGGGAAGCCGAAUACGCAAGAGGCGCAACCAUCGACACUAUUCAUGCAGAUAGAUGACUUGGAGCCAGCAGAACAAAUAGUGGCUAAAGAGCUGACGAAAUUGGACCAAAGUUAUCUGAACGAAGUAUUUACGUUGGUCAUGGACACACGAUCAGAGAGCGAUUGGCUUUAUGUCAUGAAUGUUACACUAGAUCAUCAAGACUUUCCGAAGCCUCCGCAUGAUGCUCAGAAGAGAAAGACCCUUGCCGUCUACACGCUACUCCGCUUGUUUGAAAUCUACAGAGACGGCGUCCUAUUAUCCGUGGGUCGUUAUAAGAAACUAACUUACGAUGACAUUUUGGAGAAGAUGCAAACGUGGACGAAUGGAGGAAGCAUCCCUGACAAAGUCAACAGCUAUGUUGACUUCCUCUACCGCUUAUCCGAUCGUUUUGAGUGGAAGAGAUGUUCACCGCAAGCUGAGGGUGAAACAUCUGCCCCGGCAAAGCGUAGACGACAUAAGAAAAUGACUCGCAAUGCGGACGCAGAAAAUCUCAGAGAGGCAGACAGAGAAAGAACUGCAGAACAAUUCUAUCGACGACAGAUGUUACGCGACAAACUCAAGUUAGGCGAAUAUUCUGGCAUGAGAAACCUUGAUACUCAGAAAAUAAUAAUUAAUGAGAGUAAGGGUGAUCAUGAAGGAUUCAUUUAUGUCCACCCUGAGAUUGCGCAACGCAUAAAAGAUCACCAGAUAUCAGGUGUUAGAUUCAUGUGGAACCAGAUCGUGGACUCAGCAACGAAGCAAGGUUGUCUCCUAGCCCAUACGAUGGGUCUUGGAAAGACCAUGCAAAUUAUCACGCUCUUGGUGGCUAUCGCCGAGGCGUCGGAAUCUAACGACCCUACCAUCUCCUCUCAGAUACCCGAGGGCUUAAGGAAAUCCAGGACCCUUGUUAUUUGCCCUCCAUCGCUCAUAAACAACUGGAUGGACGAAUUCCUUUUUUGGGCGCCUGAAGGCCAUAAGCUGGGAGAAUUCUUCAAGGUUGACCAGUCAAAUACAGAGAGGCAGCGUUUAGCAAACAUCGCAGCCUGGGAAAACCGAGGCGGUAUACUUAUUAUCGGCUACCAACUAUUCAAGAACAUUAUUAAUGAUAAUGAAGAUGUCUUGGAGGUUUUGUGUGAAAGUCCGAAUCUUGUAGUGGCUGACGAAGCCCAUGAGAUGAAGAACACAAAGUCAAAAACACACAUGUCCACUAGGAACUUCCGGACCCACAGUCGCAUCGCAUUAACAGGUUCACCUUUAGCCAACAAGGUCGAAGAAUACCAUUCCAUGAUUAACUGGGUAGCACCAAACUACCUGUCUGAUAUCCGUGAAUUUAGAUCAGAGUACGCCAAUCCGAUCGGGCGGGGCCUUAGUCUUGAUGCUACCGCAUAUGAACGUCGUCAUGCCGUUAAGAUGCUGAAUGCUCUCAGGCAAGAAGUUGGACCAAAAGUACAGCGUGUAACAACCUCGGUGCUAAAGCACGACAUACCCACAAAGCAAGAAUUUGUCCUAAUAGUUCCACUAACAACUUUACAACGAGAGGCAUACGAAUCCUAUGUCCGUUUCCACCAGGGAUACCAGCAUACCGAUUACAAAUUCGCUGUGCUUGCUUCAGGAGGGACUCUAGGUGUCCUCUGUGCCCAUCCCCUUAUUCUGCUUAAGAAGUUACAGAAGGUGAAGGCUGACUCCGAGAGGGACGCUGAUACAAAGAACACACUUCCAGAUGAGCUCCUGAGUAUGGAAAUCGCACUAAUAAAUAAGGUGCCUGACGUCAAUGACUAUUCCUUGUCUUGGAAGAUUCCGAUACUUCUCUCGAUCCUCGAAGAAUGCAAGCGCGUAGGUGACGCGGUUCUUAUCUUCAGCCAGUCAAUCCUCACGCUUAAUUAUCUGGAGCAUAUUAUCCGAACCAGGAAAUUUUCUUCAGUUAGGUUAGAUGGGUCGGUACCAACGAACACGAGACAGAACACAGUCAAAGACUUCAACAAGGGUAAAAUAGAUAUAUUCCUUAUAUCUACUAGAGCUGGUGGUGUCGGGCUUAAUAUGACGACUGCAAAUCGCAUAAUUCUUUUCGACACUAGGUUUAACCCUCAAAAUGAGUUGCAGGCAGUUGGACGCGCGUAUCGCAUUGGCCAGAAAAAACAAGUCUAUGUUUACCGCUUGGUCUGUGGCGGUACGCUUGAAGAAAGCUCGUUUAAUUUGGGGAUUAAAAAGUUGCAGUUAACUUCUCGGGUCGUUGAUGAGAAGAAACCGAUUCCUAAGGCCGGGGCAUCCAAUAGCACACUCCAGAUGCCCAAAGAACCGGUUCAAUAUGAUAUCAGCGGAUUUAUCGGCAAAGAUGUCGUACUCGAUAAGGUCAUUGAACAACAUAAAUCGGGUAUUAGGAACAUUAUACCGAUGGAUACCUUCGAAGAGGAAGAGCAUGAAGAGGCUGCAUUAACAGCCCAGGAGUGUGAAGAGGUUACCCAGAUGAUCGAACGAAAUGAGCGUCGCAGGUUGGGACAAAAACAAACUACCCAAGCUAAUGACGUUGCCCCUACCCACCAUACAGAUCCUCCAAGCUCUUCUCAUAAUGCAGGUUCAUCGCUGCCUAUUUCCAGACUGGCCGAGUACCCGUCUGGUAUAAACAACCCUCAUUAUUUCAUGGAGUGUAUAGCACCGCACAUAAUGCCUCCGAACUUCACUGAAGUGGAUCGAAGAGAAUGCGAACAGAUUGCGCGGUCUAUUACUCUAACAAUUGUGUCCCGGAAACUACCGGUUGCAGAACAAGAACAGUUAUUUGACCAAAUUCAAAAGGCGGUAAUCGAUUUCCAGUUCAAGUUCGCUCUCCGUUCACGUUGUAUUUCUCCAGAAAAGCUUGGCGAUAUGAAUGUAGAUGAAAUUCGUAAUCUUCAUCAAGCAUGGAAGAUUCUGAAAUGGCAUGAUUGCAUGGAUUUGGCCAAACGACUCAAAGGGGACGAUGAGAGACUCGCUCCAGGCCACCAGUCUAGGACAGACCCUGAACACCUCCAAUACGCAAUCCAGAAAUUGCUAACUCCCCCGGCGCAAAAUUCCGAAUUAGCACCACAGAAACCGCAGAGACUCGACGAUCAAAAGGCAUUGGAAGCUGUCAUUGAACGUAGGAAGGCCAAGAAGCCCUCCAAAGGCAAAGAUCCUCGUCUACCAAAUUGGGCUAUCAAUGCGGUCACUAAACAACAACGCGCAGGACCGUCGCCGGCUCCAUCUUCUACCGUCCCCCGUACCUCCACCUCCGCCUCUUCCCAUCUACCGUCGAAAUCCCCUUUCAAAUGA